GGUAGUGAGCGAGGUGUCCUAUGUCCCACCGGUAUUUGAACGCAUCACACACUUUUUCGAAGAAAAGUGAGACUUUACCUGCAUAAGAUUCACAUAAGUUUGCUUUUUUCACAAUGUAGAAAUUUGAUGUUUAAAGUUAAUAUGAUGGUUUUCAUACAGAAGAGGGUUUUAAAAUAAGUUUCAUUUGAGUUGGGCCAGGUUUGUGGAGCUCGGGGGGGUUUCAUGGUGGUAGUUACUGGUUUGUUUUUGGCACCAGAAGUCUCCACAAACUCAAAAUGUCUCGAUCCGAAAAGGCAGAAAACGGGGAACAACCGACGUUCAACUCGGAUCUCGAACUAAACGGAACAAUAGUGAAUCCAAAAGCGGUUUGUAAAGUGUGUAAACGCCUGUACCGGGACCCUAAAAUCCUCCCCUGUCUGCACACCUUCUGCUCGGACUGUAUCGGCCAGCUGGAGCCCUUCUCGGUGUCCUCCUCGCGCCGGGACUCUCCGGAGGUCAGGACGGUUGUGGAAGAGGACCGACCCGCCGUCACCGUCACGGUCCUCUGUCCGCAGUGUGACUCCGAGGUGGACCUCCCCCCGUCCGGACCUCAGGGGCUGAGCACCGACCACCUUGCUCUGGAUGAAGUGUUCCUGGAGACCCUGUUGACGAACGGCCCGCUGGGAUGCGACCUUUGCGGGGAAGGGAGCGCCGAGAGCCGCUGCGAGGUCUGCAGCGUCAACCUGUGCGAGUUCUGCUGCCAGGCACACAGGCGUCAGAAGCGAACAGCAUCUCACUCCGUACAGCGUCUGGAGGAGCUCAAGUCUCGGGGUCGUCUGUGCCGUCCCGUCCUCUGCCCGCUCCACCCGGGCCAGGAGCUCCGGCUCUUCUGUCAGCCCUGCGACCUGCCUGUCUGCCUGGAGUGCUCAGCGACGCUGCACCGUGACCACCGCUGCACCCCCACCAGCGAUGUCAUCGAUCGCCACGGAGACCGCAUCCGAGAGCUGGUCGCUGUGCGCCUUCGACCUCGUCUGGAGCUUCUCAAGGACUCGCUGCAGAAUGUGGACAUAUCCCAGGAGGCUUUGCAGGCACGGGUGGAUGCAACAGCAAGCGAAGUAAGGACGUUUGCGCGAGCCUACGCCAGCGCUGUGGAGGCUCACUGCCUGUCUCUGCUGCGCCGCCUGGAGGAGCUCCGUGUGCAGCGCAGGAACCAGCUCCACCUGCAGAGGGCUCAGCUUCAGCAGGCUCUGCUGGACGUCGGCGGUGGCGUUGAGUUCGCGGAGCGUCUCCUGAGCUGCGGCUCAGACGCUGAGAUCCUCAGCGCCAAAGGAGUGACCCUGAGGAGACUCACUAGCCUGGCAGAGGGCAGCUACAACCCCCAUCCGGCAGCUUUCACCCCCGAUGACAGCGGCAGCAUCAGCUUCCUGCCCGGGGAGCCGGCGGGGGAGGUGGAGGGCUACCCGGUGGUGGGAGUGAUCAACUCUAAGACGAUGGACCUCAGCAAGUGCACCGUCGACGGCGAAGGUGUACAGAGGGCAGAGGAGGGGCAGCCGGGUUACUUCACCCUGGUGUGCAGAGACUCGGCAGGGGAGCAGGUGUCACGAGGGGGCGAGAACGUCCUGGUCAGCAUUGUUCACAAGGAGAAGAAGAACAGCAAGUUGGAGACGUCAGUGGUUGACAACAGUAAUGGAUCGUACCGUGUCUCUUACACACCUAAAGAGCAAGGAGUCUACUCAGUGUGGGUUUGUGUCAAAGCCCAACAUGUCAAGGGUUCUCCGUUUACUCUGACUGUGAAGAGGAAGCUGAGGCGUCACAGCGGGACGUUUCACUGCUGCUCCUUCUGCUCCAGCGGAGGAGCCAAAGAGGCUCGCUGUGGCUGCCCAGGAACCAUGCCAGGAGGAUUUAAAGGCUGCGGUCACGGUCACAAAGGACACCCCGGGAAGCCCCACUGGUCUUGUUGCGGCAGCACCACGGAGGAGUCUGAGUGUUUGCCUGAGAGUGUGUUGGCUGCAGUUUCACCUCGUGGUCACUUACGGACCGUGGAACUGUGAAGGGGACACACAGGUGAGACCUGUCGUGAUGAGGCAAGUUAAUAACAGACGGCAGCAACAAAAAGGUUAGAGCAACAGCUAAAGGUUUGGGGUAUAAAUCUCAGGCAGACAUGGAAACUGAAGCUCUGAGGACACAGGGACUGAAGCAGGACAUCGAAGUCUCUGUGUGAGACUGGCUGGUAACCGAUAGAUGAAGUCUUUUUACCAUUAUGGACUAUGGACACCAAAUUCAAACACCUAAAUGCUUGAAUUAUUUGGACCAUUUACCCUUGGUUUUAAAAUGUGUUUGGUUAUCUUUAUACAAGUAGACAACUCAGAUUCCCCUGUUCACACCUGUUUCUAUAACCUAAGAGUGACAGACACUUAAGUUUGGAUUUUGCUACUUCCUACAUCACCUCUACUGGAAGGUAAAGGCCUCAGCUCAUAGUUUACAGUAUAGUAUCGUCAGUCCUUCAGCAAAGAAAUUAUCAUUUUGAGAACUAAAAUACACGUGCCGGUUAUUCAGGGUCCUGAGAUAGGAGGACAUAGUCUUUGUUUUUCGGUUGAUGUCAUUCCUACAUGUGGAAGUCCAAAGACGUAUUUUAAAACCAAGCAUAAACUUGUUGUGAAGUGCCUUUUAACAAAGGAGGCAGAGAAGAAGAGAGAGUGGCAGGAGUAAUAAAAUACAUACUCCUACACAGCUGCAUGUUUCUCCUUCUGAAUAAAAUGUGUUAAAAUCCGCUUUAGGGCACCUUGAAGAAGAGACAUUUUUCAAGUUUUACACAAUAUUCUCUCUUUAAAGGGGACAUAUUUAACCCCUUUCCACCUUUUCAAACAGUCCCCUGUGGUCUAAAUGAAACAUCUGUGCUGUGCUUUGGUCAAAAUAUAACAUGAAUCAAGCACCAGAGGAGGUUUGUGACCCUGUAUAAACCAGCUCUCUCAGAACGCUCCGUUUUGGUGUGUGUGUCUCUUUAAAUGCAGUGAGCCCCCCCCCCCUGAGUUUUCCCCGUAGCUAUCACCUCUGUAGCGAGAAUUAAAGAUGGCGGACUUGUGCAAAAGUUUUGUUCUAGGUUGGGGGUGGAGUCCGUGGGUGGAGAUACCAGGGGAGGGGAGGGGAGGGUGUUUUUUCUUACCAGAAUCCCACUUUGAUGUCACAAGGAGAGCAAAUUUGUAACGGAGCAUUUUUCUCUGUGUCCUAAGACUUAUGCAGACCACAAACAAAAGACUGGAUGGAUUUAUUUCACAUUUUGUGGGUCAGUAGACACUCAGGAUACCCAAAUAUAUGUUCAAAAACACUGUAAGAGUGGAUUUUUCCUAAUAUGUCCCCUUUAAUAUUUUGCCGUUUUUAUACAUUAAAUCAAAAAGAAGUGCCUCAAAUACAAUAAUGAUGCUGAAACUUGUGAACAAUAAAAUUAUCAUCUGCACUGAUCGUUGUAUAUUUUAAAAUCCACCAAUCAUACCUUUUGUUUUACUUCGUGUUAUUACUUUUUUAUUAUUAUUAUUAAUUUAUAUUAACAAGUAACGUCAACUUGAUAGUUAUUGUCUUGUAAAGAAGUUUAUAACUUCUAAUACUAAUACUUUACUAAUGAAAAUAACCACAUGCUAACAAAUAAAAACAGAAUAUUUACUGCUAUUUUCAUGGUGCUAUCUAUGUGAAGAUACAGUUUGUUUAAAAAAAAAAAAAUAAGAAUAGAAAGGUGAGCACAUACAAUGAUUUCUACUUAUGAUUAAUUCUUUAAGGCAGUCCGGAGCUGGUAAACAGCUUUCAAUGUAGCUUUCAUUUCCACUGGAUUAUUCAAAGACUGUUCAUAAUGAUAAAUAUGUUGUUGUUUUUUGUAAACCAUAAUAUUUUGUCCCUCACGCUUGGUAACAGUUUUGACUUAGAAACACAAAUGUAAAUGAGCUGUUGAAUGCCUUUGUGUAUUUUUUUGUAAGAUGAUAGUAAAAUAGAACUAUGCAAAUACUUGACAUUACGACAAAUCUCAUUCUUUUGUGUUGAAUUUCGUACAUCCAUCAAUUCAUCCGAGUGUGUACUCGUGCUAUGUUUUAUUAUCUUACUGAACUGUUACGCCUGUACAAUCAAAAUAAACACACUCAUUUCACAUAGCCUGCCGUUAUGUGUUUUGUCGUAUUUCUGAAUAGACUUUAUUCCUGCUAAGUAAUUAUGAAAUAAAGAAAAAAGAAUAUUCCACUAACUGCAAUAA